UACUUUUUCAUCUUUUAGAGAGGACUUAAUGUGAAAAUGGCCGGGGAAUACUCAUCAUCAUCUUCAUCUGCUACUGCCUCUCAGGAACAAGAACAACUUAAGAACAGAAACUUGAUAGUUUUCUCUGUGACUGCAGACCAUCAUACAGAUGACUUGGCUGAAGCCCCCACAACUCUUUCUAGUUUUGCCAGUAUCAAGCUUAGCACUGGCUCUGUCAAGAAAUUAGUAAUCAAAAACUUUAAAGAUAAACCUCUGAUACUGGAAAACUAUACUGAAGAAACAUGGCAAAAAUUAAAAGAAGCUGUACAAGCUAUCCAGAACAAUACCUGUGUUAAAUACAGCUUGGAAGAACUCUAUCAAAGUGUUGAAAACCUUUGCUCCUACAAUUUAUCUGCAAACUUAUAUAAACAGUUGAAGCAGCUUUGUGAACAGCACAUCAAAGCAGAAAUUCAUCAGUUCAGAGAGUAUUCUUUGGAUAUUGGCCCUUUUCUAAAGAAAAUGGAUAAAUGCUGGCAAAAUCAUGGCAGACAAAUGAGCAUGAUUAGGAACAUUUUUCUGUUCCUAGAUAGAACUUAUGUUUUUCAAAUUUUGAUGUCAUCUUCCAUUUGGGACAUGGGCCUUGAAUUAUUUAAAUCAUAUAUAAUUUGUGAUCAGAAUGUUCACAGCAGGAUCAUAGAUGGAAUUCUUUUGUUGAUUGAAAAAGAAAGAAAUGGUGAAAUGGUAGAUCGAUGUCUGAUUCAAAGGCUUUUAACUAUGCUUUCUGAUUUGCAGAUUUACCAGGAAUCAUUUGAAAAUAAAUUCUUAGAAGAAACAAGCAGGUUCUAUGCAGCAGAGGGAAGGAAAAUAGUACAAAAAAAGGAGAUUCCAAGGUGUCUUUACCAUAUCAAGAAGCUCCUAGAAGAAGAAGUAGACAGAGUUAAAACCUACCUACACCUUAACACACAGAAGCUACUGAUUGCUAUUGUAGAAAAGCAGCUUCUAGGUGAACAUUUAUCAGCAGUUCUUCAGAAAGGCUUAAGCUAUCUUCUUGAUGAAAACAGGAUUGAGGAUUUGUCUCUCCUUUACCAGCUGUUUAGUAGGGUAGACUGUGGAGUUCAAGUUCUUCUUCAACAUUGGAUUGAUUAUAUAAAGAAAUUUGGUAACAGCAUAGUAAUUAAUCCUAUAAAAGACAAGACAAUGGUGCAACAGCUUCUGGAUUUUAAAGAUAAGAUUGAUUUUAUUAUUGAAACAUCUUUUCUGAAGCAUGAAAAAUUUAUUGUUGCCAUGAAAGGUGCUUUUGAAACAUUUAUAAAUAAAAGACCUAACAAGUCAGCUGAACUUCUAGCAAAGUAUGUGGAUUCAAAACUUCGUGCAGGUAACAAAGAAGCUACAGAUGAAGAACUUGAAGAAUUACUAGAUAAAGUAAUAAUUUUAUUUAGGUUCAUUAAUGGGAAAGAUGUUUUUGAAGCCUUCUACAAAAAGGAUUUAGCCAAACGUCUUUUACUUGGUAAGAGUGCUUCAGUGGAUGCCGAAAAAUCAAUGCUGUCCAAACUUAAACAAGAAUGUGGGACUGCUUUCACUAAUAAACUUCAAGGAAUGUUUAAAGACAUGGAGCUUUCCAAAGAUAUCAUGAUUCAGUUAAAACAGUAUAUGAAGAACCAAAAUAUAGCAGGAAACAUUGAUUUAACUGUGAAUAUUCUGACAACGAGUUUUUGGCCAGCCUAUAUCCCUAAGGAGAUCCAGUUACCCCCAGAGAUGGAAAGACUUCAGGAAAACUUCAAAAAUUUCUACUUACGCAAACACAGUGGCCGGAAACUUCAGUGGCAGUCAACUCUUGGACACUGUGUUCUUAAAGCUGAAUUUAAAAAGGGCAAAAAAGAACUUCAGGUGACCCUUUUCCAAACAUUGGUGCUGUUGAUGUUUAAUGAAGGAGAUCAGUUCAGCUUAGAAGAAAUUAAGGUGGCUACUGGAGUAGAGGAUAGAGAACUAAGAAGAACUCUACAGUCAUUAGCUUGCGGCAGAGCUAGAGUUCUCAUAAAAAAUCCCAAGGGCAAAGAUGUGGAAGAUGGUGACAAAUUUUUUUGUAAUGAGGAAUUCAAACACAAACUCUUCAAGAUAAAGAUCAAUCAAAUCCAGAUGAAAGAAACGAUAGAGGAACAUACCACCACCACACAGAGAGUUUUCCAAGAUCGACAAUAUCAGAUUGAUGCUGCAAUUGUUCGUAUUAUGAAGAUAAGGAAAACACUUAACCACAAUGUACUUCUGUCAGAAUUGUAUAACCAGCUAAAAUUUACACUAAAGCCUUCUGAUCUGAAGAAGAGAAUAGAAUCCUUAAUUGACAGAGACUACAUGGAAAGAGAUAAAGAAAAUCCAAACCAGUACAAGUAUAUUGCAUGA